AUGGCCGAUGAUAUCCUGAACCGUGUUCGCCGUUUGCGCCAGGACCCUGAGCUAGCCUUCGUUCCUGAGAUCUACAACGAAGCAUUGGUUUCGAUUGAGGAUCUUUGUUUGGCUAUCGCCAACAAAUCGUUGGUUCAGCUGGGUAUGCAUGCCCCGGAUCGAAGUGCUCUGGAUACUCAAGAUCGCGAUUUAGUUCGAGGAAGCGAUUUAGAUGUGGGAGCUUUGGCCGAAUUUGUCGAAACCAAUGUUCCACUUCUGCUACCAGAACAACUGACCGCUUACAAAACUAUCAUGAGUGCGAUCGCGAAUCGUACCGGUGGUCUGUUUUUCCUCGACGCACCCGGCGGCACCGGCAAGACUUUCCUGAUAUCUCUAAUUUUGGCGACCAUCCGUUCACGAAAGCACAUCGCGUCGGCGAUCGCAUCUUCUGGAAUCGCCGCCGCACUUCUCGAUGGUGGUCGAACGGCUCACUCCGCUCUGAAGCUGCCAUUGAAUGUGCAAACGAUCGAGAUGCCCACAUGCAAUCUUACCAAAAAUUCCGGCAUGGGUACCGUUCUGAGAACGUGUCGAAUCAUAAUUUGGGAUGAAUGCAAAAUGGCCCACAAGAAGUCCUUGGAAGCCCUCGAUCGGUCAUUGCGAGAUUUUAGAGACUGCCAGGUCCCUUUUGGAGGAGCGCUGAUCAUGUUGUCCGGUGACUCCCGACAGACCCUGCCCGUCAUACCACGCGGGACACGUGCCGAUGAAAUCAAUGCCUGCCUGAAGCAAUCGACUCUCUGGCGACACGUUCAGAAAUUGACGCUCACGACGAAUAUGAGGGUUCAGCUUCGGCACGACACGACCGCUGCACGCUUCGCGGCUCAAUUACUGGACAUUAGCUCUGGGAGGAUGCCCAUCGACAGAUCUUCACAAAGCAUAACUUUGCCCUCGGAUUUCUGCACGAUGUGCUCGACGAAAGAACGUUUGAUCCAGAGCGUCCUCCCGGACAUAGAACGGAAUUUCAGAAACCGUCAGUGGCUGAGUAAGCGAGCGAUCCUGGCCGCCAAGAGCUAUGACGUGAACGCCAUGAAUCUCAGCAUUAAGAACACAAUACCCGGCGAAGCUUAG